AUGAAAUAUCUGUGCCUAGCCCUCGGGCUAUUUGCUCUCUCCGCGCUCUCCUUUGCUGAAGAGGAGAUCUCCGAAACUGGUCAGGCCGUACUGACGAAGAUCAGAGCUCUGAAAGAGGAGGAGAAGCAGCUUUUGGCUUCCAUCACCGAUGAGGAGCAGAGAGAUCUGAUCUCCGAAACUGGUCAGGCCGUACUGACGAAGAUCAGAGCUCUGAAAGAGGAGGAGAAGCAGCUUUUGGCUUCCAUCACCGAUGAGGAGCAGAGAGAUCUGGUCGAGUCCAUUGUUGACAAGGAAGAGGAGGAAGAGGACAAGAAGGCUAUCGCCACCCUAGAGAAAGAGGAAAACGAAGACGCAGAAGAGGGAGAUGAAGAGGAGGAGAACGUUCGUGAGAAGCGUGCCGCCCGUGGAAGAAGAAGAAGAGUCAGCAGGAGAGGACGCAAGGGACGCUCUCGCAGACUUGCUGCCCACCGCCGUCGCGCUCACGCCGCUCGUCACCGCGCCAACCUUCGCCGCGCCAGACGCAACCACAGAAUCAAGAAGAUCCGCGCUCUCCAGAAGCGACGAGGAUAA